GUUCACUUUGAACCGCCAUAUUGAACGGACGUGUUUGUGCAAGCGCAUUUUGGUAGCUGGACAACGACCUUUAACGGUUAAAGGUUGCUUACGAGGAGUGUGCGUUUGAAAUAAAAUAUCGAAAAUCAAAUUACAAAUUACUCGUGUGCUGAGAUUAAAAAAAUCGUAUUUAAAAACGUUUGUGUGCAAGUGAAAGGUUUAGAAAACUUUCGUCUGCUGCUAAGUUUUGGAAACUUGAUUUCUCGCUUUCCUUCUACCCUUUGUGGCAUUUCAAUCAGUAAAUGAAUUUCAAAAUGCGUACAUGUGGCAUGAGUCUCAUCAAGUAUAUACUAUUCGGCUUCAAUAUCGUAUUUGCGAUAUCGGGUCUCGGUAUUUUAAUAGCAGGCGCAGUUGUGCUGGCCGAUGUUAACCAAUUUAGUCACUUUAUUGAGGGCAGAGUGACGGCACCACCCAUUGUGCUGAUUGUAACUGGCUUAGUUAUAUUUCUGAUUGCAUCAUUGGGCUGCUUUGGCGCAAUCAAAGAAUCACCAACUCUGCUGUUGACUUAUGCUGUGCUGCUCGCCGUCAUUUUUAUUGUCGAGCUAGCCGUUGGCAUUGCAGCUGCUGUCUUCAAAUCAGAUCUCGAAAUGAUGUUAAAGAACUCGCUGCAAGAGUCUAUAAAACGUUCGAAUCAUGAAGAUAUGAUGGCUUGGGAUAAUGUACAGCGAAAACUGAUGUGCUGCGGUGUUGACAAUCCAGCCGAUUGGCGCACACUCAGCGCGAACAAGACAUUGCCUGCUAGUUGCUGUCGCGAGAAAUACAUUGAUGAGGCUGUCGGACACUGCACAGAAUCGCCGGCACUGGGACGUGAUAAAUACUUUCAGGAUGGCUGUGUAGGUAAAUUGAGGGAACGCAUCGACAAGAACGCCGUCAUUUUGAUUGGUGUAGGCAUUGGCAUUGCGUUCAUACAAAUAUUGGGCAUUGUAUUGGCAUGUUACCUGGCUUCCACAAUACGUCACGAGCGCAUGAAAUAAAUAUGAGGCAAAUGAGUUACUCUCUAAUGUUAAGAAGGUAGUAUUAUAAACUCAAACAUCAAAAGCAUUGAAAUGAUGACGCAGCAACUUCUCAUAAGCAAUAUUCAAAUUUUCCGAAACUCAACGAUUGUUCAGCUGUCUGCGGUCAUUUGGAGUAGUAUUUACCAUAAUUAAACGCAACGAAAUCGUAGUAUUUCGACGAGGAAUAUCAAACAAGAACCGCCCAUCCAUGCAGGGCUCCAUUAUACGAAGCCAUCAUUCACACUUUCACAAAUUCACAAAUCACCCUCCUCCACUAUUACUCUAAAUGUUACUUAAUAUACAAUAAACUUAUUAAAAACGUG